AUGUUAUUCACGGCUACUUGCUGCGAUCACACACCUAGCAAACAUGAUAUAAUCCAAAUCAAGGUAUCUAAAUGGACAGUUGAAAUAUCUUUGAAGUUGAAGCAAAAAAGAUCAAAGAUGAAGAGAAACGCUUCAACUUAUACCGAUACAAACACAUUUGAUAACUACAUAUUGAAAACCGUAGUAAUCAAACUAAUGGGAGUUUCAAAACAGUCAUCGUACAAUAUUACACAAGCCAUCUUUAACUUUUCAGCCGCUCUCUGGAAAAUAACUGAUGUGCUAAAGAUGGUCUUGUUAUAUUUCAAAACAUCGGACUCAAUUGUAGCGAAGAUCUCAGUAAAAGUCUCUAAUGAGUCUUGA